UGAGAUUUUACGAGCUGCCGGUAAAUAUUUGCAUCUGAAAUUCAUUGUCUUUCGGAACUCCGAUCUGGCAGGUUCGAUCAUACAACAAUCAUUUCUCACACUUGAAGGUAUUAGUUUGGAAUUUUAAAAACAGCUUAAUCGUAGCACAAGAAUGGGCUGCACUUCCGGUUGCGUUAAGUGUUUCCUUAACACUCUCAAUACUUUGAAUGCGCUUUCGGGUCUGUCCCUGAUAGCCAUUGCAACGUUGGCCCUCUCGAAAGCCCCUCUCGCCUACAUUCUGUUUCUAUAUGGACUCGGUGGCAUUAUCUUCGUUUCGGCUGUGCUGGGAUGCUGUGGAAUCUGCAUGGAGAACGUGUGCAUGACCGCAACGUACGGUUUGCUGCUGUUGGCCCAGCUAAUAAUCAGCUUGCUGGGCAUCUUCCGCUUCAAGUUCACUGAGGAAUACAUAGAGAAGUUCGCCGCCGAGGAGGUUCAGAUGAAGUGGGACGAGGAGCUGGUGGAGCCCGGAUAAUGCGAAGAUCAUUCGCAUUAGUAUGAGUGUUGUGGGCGUGAUAGCCCCGACGACUACGUGGCCAUCGGUCGUCAAACCUUGCCGCCCAGCUGCUAUCCCCAGGAGGACCCCCAGAUGCCCCACUAUCUAGCUGGCUGUGUCCAAAAGUCCAGUGAGAACUUUGUGGUGCUCUUCAGCUACGCCCACGACACCAACUGGAUCGCAGUGGGAAUAACCAUUCUAAUGAUGAUUGCCGCCUUUUACUUGGUCGGAAGAUUCCGCAAGCAGCGCAUUCGCUACAGCUACUAAGGAAUACAUUCGAAGAAUUCUGGAUAUAUUAUUAGGGCGCCAAUAUUCCUUUACAGCCAUCAUCAUGUAUAAAGUUUACGAUGCUCACAGGAGAAAUAAAGCGUAUCCCGAUGAAACGAA